GAUAUAAAUAAGUCGUAAAACAUCUAAAUUAGUUAUGAAAAUCUCACCAUGGCUGAAUUACGAAUAGCUCCUUCCGACAUUUAUUAUAGUCAGUCCUCAAUCUCCAAUUGUUUCAGUGAAGCAUCCGAGCAUACAGAAAACUCUAUUGGAGACACAGUUGACGGGAUACUACUCAAGCGAUAUCGAAUUGAUGAUAUCCCCAAAAUAAGUGUGGUUAGGAAAGGGGAUGUGUGGGUGACGGCGGACAAUAGAAGACUGUGGGUAUUUAAGACACUGGAAUCAUUAGGACAAUGUGCUAGGAUUUCCGUGAUCAUUAAAAAACGUAUCAGCAAUAAAAAGAGUGUGGUUCAAAGAGACAUCAAAGUCAGAGGGGAUCCAGGGGGUAUCUUUUACAAAUUAAAGACACAACAUCAAAUGAAUUUUCACGACGUCCUUCUUGCAAUGUCGAGGAUAUGUUUGGAUACGAAAUGAAUUUUAUAUCAACAUAUAAUAGGCAUUGACAUAAAAAGACAAUGGGAAAAUUAGAUUUAUAAAAAUUACUAUGGGGUGAAAUUAUUAUUUGUAUUCGAUAUAAGCAAACUUUGUUACAUGUAUAUUUAAUUUCCAUUAUAUACGUAUUUUCAAAUGAAAAUAGUAUGAUCUUCAUUCCUACUGCAAUGUACAGUAUAUUGUUCAAAAUGGUUUUUUUUUUUAAAAAUAAAAUCAGAAUAGAUCUACAUAGCAUUACUUAAAUC